AUGGUGGUUGGCUAUGUGAAGGUUAGGGAUAUAGUGGAGGCCAAGAGGCUGUUUGAUGAAAUGCCUCAGAGGAAUGUUGCAUCAUGGAAUGCGAUGAUAUGGGAUUUUGUUAAGGCUGGUGACAUGGCUACUUCAAGGUUCUUGUUCGACCAAGCUCUAGAAAAGGAUGUUGGUGAUACAUACACGUAUAAGGUUGCUGCUUCUCUCGAAAAAGCCUUGCAGGGAUUUGAGCAUGUGUAUGGUGAUAUUGUGAGUGGAGUCAUAGAUGUCAAUGAAUUAGGGUUCUUGGUUAAGCAUAUGAAAGGUAUGGUGAGGAAGAUGGAUAGGUAUGUUAGUAACAUUACGAAUUUGUAUAGUGAAAUGGAGGUUUUGAAUCAAUAG